UGUCCCGGAAGCUUGUAGGCUCCCCAUAAAAGCAGCAACAGCCUUAUUGUGGGCAAUUCACUGUGUUGGAAUUAGCCUCCUUGCACAGCAAUCGAAAUGCUUUGACAGUAAGAGAAGCCAUACUUGUUUCACAAGUGAUACUGAUUGAACCAAACAUGGUGGUUGUAUCAUAUGUGCAAGUUGCCGGGGUUGCGCAUGGAGCUUCGUUAACUCGCGCAAUCAACAACAUCAAGAACGGAACGAAGGUAACGACCACAGCUCGCCCUCCGCAACAACUGAUUCAACGAAGGGUUCCGUCUAGACGUCGAAGUGAUGAUGGUGGAAGCAGUUUCAGCCCGGUGUGUGUUAUGGCCAGCUAUGGCGUCGUGGAGUCAUGGUCUCCGUCGACACGUGAAGAGGUAUUUCCACUAAUCGACAUACAUGGGAAUGGAUUUCCGUUAGCGCCUUUGCCGAAGCAAAAUUAUGCCUUGACGGAAGAGGUUAUCACGAUGAUAUCGAAGAGAAACGACGAACCGGAAUGGAUGUUGCAGUUUCGUCUGAAUGCGCUAAAUCAGUGGCUCAUGAUGAAGGAGCCCGAAGAAUUGCUACAGACUUCACGGCGGAUUGAUUUCAGGACCGUGUGCGAUUUUGCUUCACGGGUGUACCAGAGAGACGACAAUUCCUCAGCAAACUCGCAGCGUGUGUUGUCAUCCGAUGCGGGCACCUCGGAUAAUAGCGACUCCUUUGCCACCACUCACCAGAAAGCGCUUGCAGAAGCGGGAGUGAUAUUUUGCUCAAUCUCAGAGGCGAUCCAGAAGUAUCCGGAGCUUGUGCGAAAAUACCUAGGUAAAGUGGUAUCUUCAUCGGAAAACUAUUUUGCAGCUCUCAACUCAGCAAUCUUCACUGAUGGAUCAUUCUGCUAUGUUCCAAAGAAUACUAUCUGUCCUAUAGACAUCUCUACUUAUUUUUUGGUGGAGGGGCGGAAAGUCACGAACCUCUUCGAACGCAACCUCAUCAUCUGCGAAGAAGGCUCCUACGUGAGCUCCCUAGGUUGCACAUCGCCAUCUCCAAGUAUGGAUGCGUCUCAACAGCUCAACGCGCCCGUGAUCGAGCUCUACUGCGCGGAAGGAGCUGAAAUCAAGUAUUUUGUUGUUGAAAAUUGGCAAGAACCGGGUGCGAAUCGAUCGCCUGUACAGUCGGAGGUUUACAACUUCGUAACCCAGCGAGGGUUGUGCGAUGGACCCCGGUCCAAAAUCACGUGGAUAACAGUGGAGUUGGGAUCGACGAUCGCUUGGCAUCACCCAACGGUUGUUUUGAAAGGGAACGGCUCCACGGGACAAAGCUUCUCCAUGACGAUGUUAAACUCAGGGCAAUUCGCGGACAUGGGUGCGAGAAUAAUCCACAUGGGAAGCAACACGAAGAGCCGAGUUGUCUCGAAAAGCGUCCAUGCAGGGAAUUCUCAUGGUUGUUUUCGGUCUUACGUUGAGAUCCACCCCCUUGCGAAGAAUGCGCGUAGCGAGGUGACGUGGGACGCAAUGCUCCUCGGACCUCAUGCAGAGGCUGUAUCUUACCCUUCCUCUACGGUAAGGAAUACGAGCGCUCAAAUCAAACAAGAAGGUAGUGCCUCUGGAGUGAAUGAACACACGGUGUUCUAUUUUCAGCAGAGGGGAAUCGAGUUCCAGAAAGCAGUGCAGACGAUCCUGACGGGAUUUUGCAGCGACAUAUUGCGAGAGCUGCCUUGCGAGUUUGAAGAGGAGGUGAAGGUAAUGGUGGAGCUGAAAAUUGAGGAAUCCACGAGAUCUUAAAAACCUGGUUUUAUAGAUCAGGGAUUCUGGGCAUUGGCCUCUUUUCUAGAGAGAAUCUGUAGCUUAAUCAGCUUAGCAUCAAACAACAAUUGUUGUGUAGAAUUGACAAUUCGACCUCGGGAUGCCACGCAAAUUCUUGCAGAUAAAGGUGGUGUAAAUUCUCAGGUAGUGUAAAAUAAACCAAUCAACCACCACCGUCUGGUGAACUCAACAUCGUGUUGUCACCUCCAUAACGAUGCAAGUAUCAUGACAAUUAAUGUCGAUUCAUCUGAAUCUGCACCACCGUAGAUUUCAAGUGCUUUGUCGGUCGGUGUUCCGCUCAAUAAAUAUAUCCAGUAGUGGACGCUUUCCAAUGACUAGAGAGCCACAUAAUUCAA